GCCUAAUAAAAUUGUCUCAAAGUUCAAAUCGUCAACCGUAGAAAAUAGUCUUGAUCCCGUUUCAUAUUUCCUCUCAGAGAGUCAGAGUCUUGAAUUCUUGAUCCCAUUUUAUUUUUCGGCUCAUAUCUAUAGCUCCGUAAUAAAGAGAACCCUAACCCUAAGUUUGGGGUAACCAAGCAAAGACCAUGGAUGCGAAUGAAAGAGGGGCUGGGUUCGGGGACGGCGUCGGUGACCCGAGCGAACAGUUCCACCGGAACGAGGCGAUAUCUGCUGUUGCGGACGACGGAUUUCUUGGAGAAGAGGAUGAUGAUGACUACGAGGAUCUUUAUAAUGAUGUGAACGUCGGCGAGAAUUUUCUCCAGUCUCUAAGAAAGAACGAAGACACAGGGUUUAGAAAUGAGGAGGUUGUGGAAAAGAUUCCACCUAAUCCUACUCCUCUUACUCCUCUGCCUGCGCAGACGCCCAACUCCGUAGAAGGCGAUGGAAAUAUAGAAAAAGAUGAAGAAGGCGGAGCUAAGGUCUCGGACAAGUUGGAAGGUUAUCAGAGUAUGGGGUUCAGGACGAACCAAAUGGGAGCUAGGAGUUCAGUUGCCCCUUCCGGUGGAUCAGGGACCCCAGGCAUUGACCUUAGAAUUGAGUUAGGUCACUCAUCAGGUAAAGAAAAUGUAGAUACAGGAGAGCAGACUGCGAUUGGCGAUGCACAAAAUGAACCCAGAGAUCUGCAGCCUCAUCCGGCCGCUCCUGUAGGAAAUUUAGUUAAUGCAUUAAACACAGGAAAUGAUAACAUUGCCAGACAAGGUGGUCAUACUCAUACAACUGGCAACAUUGGCAGUGGGGGAGCAUAUGGAGUAAGUUCUGGAGGUGGAUCUGGUGGGGGAACUGUUCUUUUUGUAGGAGAUUUACACUGGUGGACAACGGAUGCUGAGCUAGAGGCAGAGUUGUGCAAGUAUGGCCCAGUGAAGGAAGUGAGAUUUUUCGAUGAGAAGGCAAGUGGGAAGUCAAAAGGGUACUGCCAGGUUGAGUUUUUCGAUCCUGCAGUUGCCACGGCAUGCAAGGAAGGAAUGAAUGGGCAUGUUUUCAAUGGCAGACCAUGUGUUGUAGCCUAUGCAUCACCUUUCACUGUGAAAAAAAUGGGAGAGGCUCAACUUAACAGAAACCAACAGGUGACUCAGACUCCUUCUGCCUCUCAAGCUAGGAGAGGCCCUGGAGAUUCAGCAGCUAAACCAGGUGGUAACAAUAUUGCUUCAGGUGGUAACUAUCAAGGUGGUUCGGAUAACAAUAGAGGAGGUUAUGGAAGAGGAAACUGGGGUGGUAGAGGAGGGGGUCAAGGAAUGGGGAAUAGAGGCCCUCUUGGUCCUAUGAGAAACAGACCUGGAGUCAUGGGAGGACGUGGUUUAAUGGGAAACGGAGGAAAUGCAUUUGCACAAGGUAUGGGUGGCACACCACCAAUGUUACAUCCUCAAAUGAUGGGCCCUGGGUUUGAUCCUGCAUUUGGAGGCCCGAUGGGUAGAAUGGGCAGCUACGUAGGUUUCCCUGGUGGACCAACUCCUCCGUUUUCAGGAAUCAUCCCUUCUUUCCCACCUGUUGGAAGUGUUGGGUUGCCUGGUGUUGCCCCUCAUGUCAACCCAGCAUUCUUUGGCAGGGGGAUGCCUAUGAAUAGUAUGGGAAUGAUGCCAGGCCCAGGUGUAGAUGGGCCGCCGAAUAUGGGAAUGUGGCCAGAUAUGAAUAUGGGUGGGUGGAACAGUGAAGAUCACGGAGGUAGAGCUGCUGGUGAGUCAAGCUAUAAUGAAGAAGCUGUGUCUGAUCAUCAACAUGGAGAAGUAAGUCACGAUAGAACUUGGCAUAGUGGGAUGAAAGAAAAGGAUAGAGGUGGAGAGAGGGACUGGUCUGGCUCCUCAGACAGAAGAUAUAAUAGGGAUGAUAAGGAACAGGGAUUUAACAGGGAGAUGCCUCGAGAAAAGGAUGUAGGACAUGAUCAUGAUUGGUCGCCAGAGAGGAAGCAUAGAGACAGCAGAGAUGUUGGACGAGAGAGGGAGAGAGAACGUUCGAGAGAGAGAGACCGCGAUCGUGAUCGUGAUCGUGAUCGUGAUCGUGGACAUGAUCGUGAGCGGGACUAUCAUAGGGAUGAAAGACAUGGUGGUCAUCAUAGGUACAGGGAGCAUGAGACUGAACACAAUGACGGGGGAAGAUCAUCAAGAACUCAUUCAAAGUCAAGACUAUCACAUGAGGAUGAGCAUCGAUCAAGAUCCAGGGACUCUGAAUAUGGGAGAAGGAGGCGAAUGACCUCCGAAUAAUCCCUUUCAGGAGCUUUAUUCUCAAGAAUAUGAAGCAUAUACUACAUGAACUGAGCAGUUUUUGCAUGCAUUUGAGGCCUUCUUAUUAUUUCCCGUUAUCUUUGGUAAUCUUUCAGUGCUGGGGAUUAUCUCAUAGCAAUUCAAGUAAUAGCUUGAGGGAAAUCAUUUCUGCAGUCAAAUAGUUCAGCAGUAGUUUGAUGCAUCUUCAAGAGGGGAGUAACUUGGACACGGCAGGGUAUGAUGGACCUCAGGCAAGAAUGAUACGGCUGGUGGAACUUCAUUGUUGGCCUCAUUUGCAUUUAUGUUUUACUUAUAAUUAUGAGUUGGACAAAGAGUAACAGACCAUUAUUGGUGAUGAUGAUGCUUAUGACUUGAAACUGCUGAAAAUCUGAUUGUCUUAGAUGAAUUUAGUUCUGUGGUGUACGAAUGUGAUGUAUUAUUAGGAUUUAAGAAGAGGUUGGUGUUAAUUUUUCCUUGUUGGUGAGUCUUGUUUUUUCUUUAUGUUGUAAUUUUAACUCAGUUACCCAGGUUUUUUAUGGGUACCCAAUGUGUUCUAUGAUCUCAUGCUGGGUGAGGAUGCGCGACUUGAGCCUGCCAGAAGUCCGACAGGUAGAUUGAUAUAGUUUUAUGUUAUGUGAAUGUGAUGUAUCACUUACUGUAUUAGGGAAGGAUCCACCACCUUUUUUUGUUUUUGUUUUUGUUUUCCAUUUCCUACUUUUAUAGUACUUGAGAUGUAUGUUGUAAUUUCUCCUUGAUGUUGUAUUUUAGUUGGAGGGCCCUUUUUAUGUAGUAAUGGGAGGUUUGAUGCUCACACAAUGUUUGGGCUUCCUUAGAGUGUAAAUAGAAAGAGUCGCAGUUCUAACACAUUCUUUGAUUAAAUUGGAAAUG